CCACCCCAUACAAAAUUGCAUCAGCCGUAGGUAGCAGCGCCGCCAAGAAAGUUCCGGAUGAUUGUAGACACUGGCGGCGGCACAUAUAAAUAGCCGACGCAGAGGACCGGCUCGCAAUUCAACAAAAUCAAGACAACAGAAAGCACCUCGUAUACAGAGAGAGACAAAUUUCAACAACUAAAGUGAAAUUUACAUCAGAAUGAGAUCCCUACCGAUGUUCCUACGCAUGGCCGAGGAGAUGGCCAGGAUGCCACGCGUGUCGCCAUUCCAGGCUUUCUUUCACGAGCCGCCCGUGUGGAGCGUGGCUCUGCCUCGCAACUGGCAGCAGAUCGCCCGCUGGCAGGAGCGGGAGUUUGCCCCUCCGGCCACUGUCACCAAGGAGGGCUACCAGCUGACUCUGGACGUGAAGGACUACAACGAGCUGAAGGUCAAGGUGCUGGACGAUAGCGUUGUCCUGGUCGAGGGCAAGGCUGAGCAGCAGGAAGAGGGCGAUGCCGGAGGCUACAGCUCGCGGCAUUUCAUGCGACGCUUUGUUCUGCCUCAGGGAUACGAGGCCGACAAGGUCACCUCCAGCCUGAGCAGCGAUGGUGUCCUCACCAUCAAUGUUCCCAAUCCUCCAGCUGUCCAGGAGGCACUCAAGGAGCGUGUGGUCCCCAUUGAACAAACUGGAGCUCCGGCCAAGAAAACCGCUGGCCAGGUGGAGGAGGGAAGCACUGAAACCAGCAAGCAGUAGGGUGGCGCCAAUGCUCUAUGCAGGAAAUGAAUUUUGACUGAUUUGAAUCGAAAGCUAGUGAAACCUUUUAACCUUUGACCUAUUCCAUAAGUUAGCCCCACGAGUACUCCACUUAGUUUUAAUACGGAAAUAUAUUACGAUUAGCCAAGGAA